AUGGCUGAAACCGAAAGUGUCCUACAGCAUUUGACAAAACGCAGUCUCUCUUUUAUAUGUCAUGACAAGGCAACGUCAUUUACUUUCAGUGCAUACUGGGCACCGGUCGAAAAUGUGGAAGAAUGGACCGAUUUCACCUACCAGAACCUAGUAAACCUAUACGCCUCCGAUCUAAAUUGCCAGAUUUCUCCGUUUUACCCGGUUCCAGCUUGCGAAAAGGCGGGUGUCAACGAGAUAUAUGAUGAGGCUGGCCUACGCGAUGCGAUUCACACUACAACGAUAGUGCCUGUGUCCUACGCUCUUCCCGGGAGCCUGUUUAUCGCUUCUGGCGGACAGACCAUGGAAGAUGGGGAGAUGAUUCCUGACUACGGUGCGGGCGACCGGAAGAAGCGGAACAAGGCCAGUCGGUACAAAGGUCUUCUAUUCGGCGACGUCAAAUACGGCUGGAAGCACGAGAAGGCAAUCGCGACGGUGCGGAACAAUAGUGAUGAGGGUUACGAACAUGCUGAGGGCAGGGAUGAUGUCCGACCAAUGGAACAGACACAGCACUACAGUAUCCUACUGCAAUCCCGGUAUACAUUCGUCAUACAUGAGAGAGGGCUGGUAGCCAUGCGACUGCGUCUAUCAAAAGACCCCGUGAGAACUGCACCAAGGCCGAAGCGUAACAUUACAGCGCCGCGGUCACAUCAGCGCGUUGUCUCUGGUUCAACGGUAUCGGAGGUGACUUCGAGUAUCAGCGAAAUGUCUAUCGACGAGGAGGUUAAGAAGAGAGGCGCUGAUGUUGGUGUGAUAGAGUACUCCGUGAUUCCAUGGAAGGGCCGGCCUAACGGUCAACUUGGCUUUGAGUACGACUCCCUUCGACCUUCACCACUGACGUCUAUCCAAUCUCGUUCAUCCCCAACUCCAUCCGCCGCCAGAGUCCAUAGUUCAGUGGACCCCAAGGGGAAAGGUAAGUUGACCGCCAGUGUGGAAGGUACCCAGUCUGCCAGCGGUCACCAACGUACGCCGCCAACUUUUCGACAAGUUGAGAAAAUCCAACUUUCCCAAGAUGGCAAAUAUUACUCCUAUAAAUUGGAUGGAAAAUGGGCUGCGCAACCUGCCAGCGAAUGGAGAGAGCAUGGUGCAUUCCUAUUUCACUACGGUCUCAUGCUCCAAGCACGAAAACCACAGUAA